AUGAUGUCGUGCGCCGAGCUGCUGGCCGUGUGCCUGCUGUCAGCAGACCGCCGCCCCCCACUCCGUCGCCAGCCGCUCCCCAUCUUCCACGACAUCUUCCGGCGAGCCGACAAGAACGAUGAUGGGAAGCUGUCAUUUGAGGAGUUCAAGAACUAUUUCGCUGAUGGGAUCCUGAGCUCGGAGGAGCUGUGGGAGUUGUUCAGCGGCAUUGACAGGCGUCACUCAGAUAAUGUGGACACAGAAAAAUUGUGUGAUUAUUUCUCAGCAUAUCUGGGAGAAUACAGGAAUGUGCUCUCUGCCCUGGAAACCCUCAACUCUGCAGUCCUGGCAGCCAUGGACAAAACCAAGCUGCGGUACGAGAGCGCCUCGAAGCUGGAGCAGUUCCUGACGCGGUUCCUGCUGCGGGAGACGCUGCAGCAGCUGCAGUGCCUGCAGUGCUCGCUGGAGUGCGCUGUGGACACCGUGGAGGAGCAGGCAGGACGCGAGAGGAAGGAGGUGCAGAAAGCGGAGGCCUCGCUGGGCCCCAGGCCAGGCCGGCGCUGUGGGCGCAGGGGACAGAAGAACCUCUGCCUGUCACCCACAGACCCCUACUCUGGGAUGCUAACCACAGGUGUUUGUGUGGAGGACAACAGCCAGUGGCUGGCGCAGAUCAACAGGCUGCAGCAGCUCAUUGAGAAACUGGAGUGCAAGAGCCCACGGCUGGAGCCCCUGAAGGAGGAAGCGAUGUGCAAAGGAAGAGAUGCACACAUCCUGGUGGCAAAGAGGCAGAUCUCGGUGGCGAGCAGCGGCGUGGAGGAGUUCCGCCAGGCCUUCAGGUCCUACACAGAGCUCACCGCCGGCCACAGCAGCUGCCUGCAUGUGUCUGCCUGCAAGCUGACAGAUGAGGCCUGCUUCAUCCUCUACGAGUUCUGGCAGGAUGUGACCUCGUGGAGAAGCCACUUGCAGUCCAGCUGCAGCAAGACUUUCCAGCGCUCCAUCCUCAGCUUGCUGGAGUCCCCAGAGCUGCUGACCACCAUGCUCUUCCCAGCCUCCUGGUGGAUCAUGAACAACAACUGA